AUGACAACCAAGAUGAGAACGCUUGAUCCUUCAACUCUAUCCGAUGUCACCUCUACUGUCAGCUACGACCCUAAAUCUGAGACGGUGACCUUACCAGGAGGGGUUGUGUCAGUGGCGGGCAUCACCGUGGUGACCGGCGGCGUGGAGCUGUCUUGUGGAUCCUGCAUGCUGGCCUUUGGUUUUUGGGGAACUCUGAUCGGCUUCAGUUGUGUGGCAGUGGGGAUUUGGGACCAACUGAACCUCUCUAAUGGAGGAACGUCUCACUUACUGUGGCUGGGAUUUGUGAUUCUGGCCCUCAGUUUUGUGGUGGUGGGAGGUGUGGUGGUAUUUUAUCUCCUGACAAAAAAGAAGAGAGAGAACAAAAGAGCGGAGAGAGAGGAUGGAAAAGAGGUUCUUGUAGAGAGUGGGAGGGAUGGACUCUAA